UGUAUUCGCCACAGUAGCCGACAGCUGCUGUCUGUGCAGAUACUUUUAUUAUUUUUUAUUGAAACGAUCAGAAAUGUCCUCAGCGGAUAAUCUGAGAGAGUUUGUUAAAGAGCGGCUCACUGCUGCUGCUGAAGAAAUAUUUUGGGUUUUUAGAAAAACCGUCGUUCAGUACGAAGACGAGCUCGCGCGGCAGCGCAGACUGCUGGAGAUCAUCCGGAAACCCCAAAUAAAGUUACACCGCCUCCAGCUCCCACAGCAAAAUGUCUGUAAGGAGGAGGAGGUUCUGGACCAGGAGGACUCAGAGCCUCCUCAGAUUAAAGAGGAACAGGAGGAUCUCCGCACCAGUCAGGAGGGGGAGCAGCUUGGACUGAAGCAGGAGACUGAUGCCAAAACGUUGACUCCUACUAACAAGGAAAGUGACCCCGGUGAAGCUCAGACUCCGAACUUAAGUACUGACGACACUCGAAAUGCAACAGACGAAGAGUCAUUAGGCAACAUGCCAGUCAUAGUCUCGGUGGUAUCGGAAGCACCCAACGACCCUUCACAGUCCUUCAAGUGUGACACGUGUGGAAAAGCUCAUAAAUUCAAGUCCAAAUUAAAGACACACAUGAGAGUUCACACAGAAGAAGAAGAGAAGAAGAAACAGAAGAAGAAGAGACCGUACCUUUGCAAAACCUGUGGGAGAAGACUUCGUUCCUUGGCAGCAUUGGAAAAUCACAAAAACAUACACACAGGUGAGAAGCCGCAUGUUUGCAAAACAUGUGGAAAAGGUUUCAGACAAAGCUAUGCCUUGAAACGCCACCUGAGAAUCCACACAGGAGAAAAUCAGAACCAAUGCAAGACCUGUGGAAAAGAUUUCAGUUGUGAAUACACUUUGAGUGCCCACAUGAGAAUCCACACAGGAGAGAGGCCGUAUGUGUGUAAAACAUGUGGGAAAGGUUUCAGAAGUGCCAGUGAUCUAAAACGCCACAUGAGAACGCACACGGGUGAGAAGCCAUAUGUCUGCAAAACAUGUGGUAAAGAUUACAAAACUAGCAGUGCCUUGAUCGUCCACAUGAGAUCCCACACAGGAGAGAAGCCGUACCUUUGCAAGACCUGUGGAAAAGGUUUUAGUCAACAAACAGGACUGAAAAUUCAUACCAUAAGUCACUCACGUAAGAGGCCAUUUCUGUGUAAAACCUGUAAGAAAGGUUUCUGUCAGUUGGGAGCCUUAAAAACACACAUGCGAAUCCACACAGGAGAGAAACCAUUUUUGUGCAAAAUAUGCGGGAAAGCAUUCAAUCAGAGCAGUUAUAUGAAGAUCCACAUGAGAACCCACACAGGUGAGAAACCGUAUUCUUGCAAAACAUGUGAAAAAGAUUUCAAAAGUAAAAGAUCCAUAUCGGAUCACAUGAAAAAACACAAAGGUGAGAAGCCCGACAAGCGAAACAUGGGAAAGCUUUCUGACAAAAGGAAGACCAGACAGUCCACGUAAAGUCACACUGGUAAGAAGCCCCAACUUUCUACAAUGUGCUGGAAAAUAUUCAUUGAAAGUUUAACAUUGAAAUGGCAAAUGAGAAUUCACACAGGAGAGAAACAUGUAGGAGAACUUUCAGCCAGAGUGGUGACCUGACAGUCCGCAUCAAAAGAACAUACACAGGUGAGAAGGCUUAAUUUUCUGGGAUCUGCAGCAAAAGAUUAAUUGACAUGCCAGCAUUCAAGGGGACAUGAGAAUUCACAUAGGUGAGAAACAUGUUGGAGAGAUUUCAGACAGAAGUGAUCAAACUGUCCAUGUGAAAAGAACCCACACUUGAGAAUCUGCAACUUUCUACAAUCUGCUAGAAAAGGUUUGAUAACAUACCAGCAUUGAGAUGGCACAUGGGAAUCAUAGGUGAGAAACAUGUAGGAGAGAUUUCAGACAGAGUGGUGACCUGACAGUCUACAACAGAAGCACUUACACUGAUGAGAAGCUGCAACUUUUCAAGAUCUGGCAGAAAAGAGUCAAUGACAUACCAGCAUUGAAAAGGCACAUGAGAAUCCACAUAGGAGAAAACAUGUAGGUACUUCUGUGGAAAAGUGUUUACCAAAUGGAUGGAAGACGUUUUUGCAGUAGCU